AUGUAUGUCAUUGGAACAGCGGGGCAUGUUGACCAUGGCAAAUCCACGCUUGUCGAGGCGCUAACGGGCAUCGAUCCGGAUCGGCUGCGCGAGGAAAAAGAGCGCGGCAUGACCAUCGAUCUUGGAUUCGCAUGGCUGCAACUACCGAGCGGCAACGAGAUAAGCAUCGUGGAUGUGCCGGGGCAUGAGCGCUUUGUGAACAACAUGCUUGCCGGCGUCGGCGGGAUCGAUCUCGCGCUUCUGGUGGUGGCUGCGGACGAGUCAGUUAUGCCGCAGACGCGUGAACAUCUGGCGAUAAUCGACUUGCUUCGGGUGCAGCGUGGAUUGGUGGCAAUCACGAAGCGCGACCUAGUUGACGAGGAUUGGCUUGAACUAGUCACCGCCGACGUGGAGGAAACGCUAGAAGGCACGGUGCUCGAGGGGGCGGGAAUCUAUCCCGUAUCAGCAAUGACGGGCGAGGGUUUGCCUGAACUCGUAGCUGCCAUAGAUUCGAUGCUGGACGAUACGCCGCCAAAACGAGACGUUGGGCGACCACGCCUUCCGAUAGAUCGCGCGUUUACCAUAUCGGGAUUUGGCACGGUGGUCACGGGCACGCUGAUUGAUGGCAAGAUUGAGACCGGUCAGGAUGUGGAAUUGGUUGUCGCCGGAAGGUCAACGCGCAUAAGAGGGUUGCAGACGCACAAGAAGGGACAGGGCGAAGCGCAGCCCGGCACUCGCGUGGCGGCGAACAUUAUAAAUGUGUCGCAGGACGAAGUUGCUCGCGGCGAGGUGCUGACAACGGAGGGAUGGCUGCGUCCAACAGACGCCAUUGAUGUGCGGGUGCGGGUAAUUCCCGACGCGCCUCAAGCGCUGCGCCACAACAUGUACGUGACGGUGCAUACGGGCAGCAGCGAGGUGGUCGGGCGGUUGCGGCUGCUGGAGAAGGAUGUGCUGGAGCCGGGCGAAACGAGCUGGGCGCAGGUGAAGCUGGAUGCGCCGCUCGCUGUCGUGAAGGGCGACUACUAUGUCAUACGCUCCAACAGCAGGACACUGGGGGGCGGGAACAUUGUUGAGACGCACGCGAGGCGCCAUCGGCGCAAUGACCAUUCCAUUAUCGAGCGGCUUGAGGUGAUGGAACUCGGCUCUGCGCAGGACAUACUAUUGAAGACAAUCGAAGCUUCGGAGCCAAGCAGGCUCGAUGAACUAGUGACUCGGGCAAACAUGGGCGCAGACAUCGUGAAGGCUGAGCUUGAGGCAAUCGCAGCCGAGAACCUUAUCGUUGCGCUGGGCGGCGAGGGCAUAAGCCGGGGAAGCUUCGUAUUCAGCACCGCCGGGUGGGACGCAGUUAUGGAGAAGACGCAACGUUCACUGGAAGCGUAUUAUCGGCAAUUUCCACUGAGACGCGGCGCGCCGAAAGAAGAACUGCGCAGCAGGCUAGGCAUGUCAGCACAGGUAUUCAACCUGGCGUUCGCAAGGCUACAGCAUCAGGCCGUCGUGGAAGAGGAUGGCGCGCUUGUGCGGCUGCCGGGAUAUGAACCUACGCUGAGCGACGCGCAGAACAAGCAGGUGGACGCCUACUUGCGCUUGCUGGAAACUGAGCCGUUCUCGCCGCCAACGGACGCGCCGCUAGACGGAGAAGUGCUGAACUUACUUGACGAGCAGGGCAAGGUCGUGCGCGUAAGCGAAUCGGUCGUAUAUUCGGCUGAGGCAUACGAGCAGAUGGUGACGAUAAUCUCGGAGCACAUCAGGGAGAACGGUGACAUAUCGGUUGCUAAUGUGCGGGAUGUGCUGGGCACAAGCCGCAAGUAUGCACUCGCGUUAAUGGACUAUCUGGACCACAAGCGCAUAACGCGCCGCGUGGGAGAUACGCGGGUAUUACGGUAG